CGCUAAUAAACCGCCCCCGCUAUACACACGCGGCGUCUGUCGGUACAGAAGCGGUUAAGAGGCAAUAAGCCAAGUACAGCCUUUUCCUGCAGCGCCAGCGUCUCCGCCCCGCCCCCCGUCCCUGCCUGUUCAAACCGUCCAAUCAGGAGGCCGCUGCCGCUCUGAGUGACACCCGUCCCGACCAAUCAGGCGGCGGCAGGAGGUGACUGCUCGCCGCUGCAUCCUCAGAUGUUUCAGUGUAAUUUCACGCUCUUGGCGGUAUAAAGUGUCGCCGCAGUGAGCAAAGUGACUGAGAGCAUUGGAGAGGAACAGCGGACCACCUUAAGACAUUGCGCUGACUCUGGCUAUAACUGGACCAGGUGAACAUGUCCAGACGCAGCAAACGCCUCGGUGCCAUUGAUCUGGAGGAUGACAGGAUCAGCACCAGCAGCUUGGAGAGUCAACACUUUUACAGUGAUAACCCUGUCAGGAGUACUAGAAGGAAAGUGACCACCAUCAGACGGGCAUCUGCCCCCCGACAGACCUCUGAACACACUUACUACAGUGAAACAUCAAGCUAUGUUAGUCAAGACAAAGGUAGCUUGUCUGCAGCCCUAGAGGACACUGGGUACAGAGGAAGCACAUGGGGAGAAAGCGAUUUGGUACGUAAAAGGGUGGGAACGGAUAUGUCAUAUAACAACAACCACAAGAAUGGCUUCUCUGAAGUACAGACGACGUACGACAAAUCUACCUCAUCUUCUGGAUAUUCCUCCGAGGAGGACUACACCAGUCAUUCCCACUCCCAGAAAGAUCAAAGUCACUUAUCUCAGUGGAGAAAAUGGAUUCAUCACAUAUUUUCCUUCCCAGGUCGCGCAUUUGGACUAUUGUACUGGUGGAUUGGUACAACAUGGUAUCGUCUUACAACCUCUGCUUCCCUGCUGGAUGUCUUUAUCCUAACCAGGCAUUACAGUGCUCUGAAGAAAGUGAUGCAGAUUCUGUUGCUCCUAUUAUUGCUAGCACUGAUAGCAACAGGUCUGUGGUAUUUCUAUCCCUUUGGCCUUCAGAACUUCUUGUUUGUCCCAAAGGCAACUUUUUUUGGGACAGAAAAGCCUACUAAAAGUGAUUUUCCAAGGAAAGUGGAAACAGGAUCACAAGACCCGCCUCUCUUAUUACAGAAUGAAUUCGUGUUUCGCAUGGAAUCUCUAGAAAAGAGGUUUCAAGGUCUAGAAAAUGAGCAGAAGUUGCUGAAGCGUGGGGAAACAAGUUCAAAAGCUGUCAGUGGCCUCAGUCGAGAUGAGGUGGUCCAAGUCUUUAAAGAUCUAUCUACAUCGAAGGAUGCCGCUUUAAGGGAAGUCAUCCUGCAAGAAGGUGCAGCCAGAACAAAGAUUCAAAUGGCAACAGUUAAAGAAGAUCAAGAGCAUAGUCUUCAGGACAUCCAUCAGAAAAUAAGUCACAUGUCCAAGGCUAUAGAAGACCAGAUUAUGCAGCUUAAAACAGAAGUCAAAAGUUCUCCUCAGACUAUGAAAGAAAUCUUUGACCAAGAUGUUGGAAAGCUGGAAACAAAGCUUCUGAAUCUCCAGCAAGAAUUGGAGCUUGUGAAAAAAACUCAGUCUGAACUUUCCCUGCAAAUGAAAUCUGUCCCUGGACAAAUAAGAGGAGUGAAGGAUGAAAUUGAAUCACUUUUUCCAGCUUGGCUGCAAAGUGAAUCAGAAAAACAGAAUGAUCGUAUAGCAUCUCUUUCUGAGAUUUUCCUUCAUCGUGAUGAGUUAGAGAAGUAUUUGGUGGAGUUAGAGAGGAAGAUCCUCGCCGGAGUCGUUGCAGACAGAAAUCAAUGGGCAUCUCAGGCUCAUGUAAACAUAGAUAGAGAACUGCAGGCAAGUGGAUUAUCCGGAGUGUCUCGGGAGGAGGUGUAUGAGAUUAUUAACCGUGCCCUGCAGAGGUACAGUGAAGACCGGAUUGGGCUUGUGGACUAUGCCCUGGAGUCAUCAGGUGCCAGUGUCCUAAAUACAAGAUGUUCAGAGACAUAUGAAACAAAGACGGCUCUAAUCAGCCUGUUUGGGGUCCCUCUGUGGUACCAGUCCCAGUCACCUCGUGUAAUACUUCAGCCGGAUUCCAACCCUGGCAACUGCUGGGCAUUCAGAGGUUCUCAGGGCUAUGCAGUUAUCCGCCUUUCUAGUCGUAUCAAACCCACAGCUGUCACAUUGGAUCAUAUUCCUCAAUCUUUGUCACCAAAGUCCACAAUUUCGAGCGCACCUAAGGAUUUCUCUGUUUAUGGUUUGGAAGAAGAGGCACAGAAAGAAGGAGUGCUUCUUGGGAACUUCACUUACAAUCAAAAUGGAAACCCAAUACAGACUUUUUCUUUAAAGGGGGAAAACAUAUCUUCCUAUGAUCUGGUAGAACUGAGAAUCCAGAGCAAUUGGGGCCAUCCAGAGUACACCUGUAUCUACCGCUUCCGUGUGCACGGUGAGGCGGAACCAUAGCAGAUUGUAAUAAAUAAUCACAGGAUAAUGGUUCCGUAAAAGGAUCACGUAGUAAUGUUGCAUUGUGGAGCAGCCAUUCCCUCUUUCCUGCCUGAAUGGAUGCAGUAUUAUUGCUUUACAGCACCUCACACGAGCUGCCGAAUAACAGCUAUGACCACAGUCCGCAAGAGGAUCUACCCAGUGGGUUAAAUGGGCUGACUUUUUUGCUCUAAUUGAAUAUGAAGUGUAGUAAUAAUCCAAGCACACACAAGAGAAAUGUUUAUUUAUGUUUUGUGUUUCCCCAUACAAAAAUAAAAAACAAAACCUAUAAUAUAAAAUAAAAAAGUUAGUAAAUAAGGAAAAAAAACACUGCCACCUAUUGGAGGUCGCUUUCCUCUGAAUUUGCAUUUUGACCCUUAAAGAGCCUUGGAACAUGAUUGGGGAUUAUAUGCCAAGCCACAAUUACUCAUCUAUAAAAAGUGACAGAAUGGGAGGGAGGCAAAAAACUAAGACACUCGCUUUAUCCUCAAGGCUAAAAAUGCCCUGAUCCUUAAUGGGUUAAAUAUGCUUAAAAAGAAAUGUUUCUGAACCUUUGAACACAUUUAACACUUUUGCUCCCUGUUACAUAAAGCUAUAUGUAACCUCAAAACCCUCCAAUGUUUAUCCAGACUAUUUUUAUGUCAUUUUUAUAUAACUUCAUAUUGUAAAGCAGUGUUUCCCAACCAGGGUGCCUCCAGC